UGAAGGCAGCAUCGAGUACAACAGACCGGCUGUUUGAGAGAUAAACGAAAGUUAACUUUUUGCCAGCCGGCGAUUAUCUGCAUAACAAAACUAGCUUCUGUGAUAUCAGACAGGACACCAAAAGAAGGAAGUCAACUUUACAAGCAGUAUUAAUCAUGGCACAUUAUAGAGCUUCAGAUUCCAAGAAGGAACAAUUUCGGAGAUACUUGGAGAAAGCUGGUGUUGUUGACAGCCUAACAAGUGUUCUGGUGUCUUUGUAUGAACAACAGGAAAGGCCCAACAAUGCUCUGGAAUUUGUCAAGCAGCACCUCGGAGCUGUUGGCCAGAUGUCAGCAGAAACAGAGGCUCUGCAGCAGGAGGUGAUUGACCUGAGGCAGAGGUGUGCACGUCUGGCUGAAGAGAACAAAGACCUCAAGACCAGGCUGCAGCACUAUGAACCUGCAUCAGAAGAUGGAGGCACAGCUAACUAAACCCCAGCGGCACUUUGAUUUGACAAAUGAAUGAUUUGUUUAUAUUACUAUCACUUUAAAUUUAACAGAAACGGUCUUAAGUGAAAGGUUUGUCAUGUAGCUGUGCUGUUUUUUUGUUUUGUAAAUUUUGUUUAUACUCUCUUAAAAUCUAACUUAUUCUCUGCGUGUGUGUAUGUAUGGUAAAUAUAUUUUUCUUGUUCACUCAGUCUUUAGUAUCGCUUUAAACCUAGAAAGUGCCCACGUACAUGACUGGACAAGCUUAUUUUUUUGAGGGCCAUGUGUGAGAAAAUAAGAUCUCACUAAACUGCUAGUUUUAUUUUGUUGUCUAGCUGAAAGAACACAGUCUUCUCAUUGUGAGUGUGACUAAGAUGCACUUCAUUCCCAAGGUGUAAGUCCACCAUUGUAAAAAAGUUCAAAAAUAAAUCACUAGUAAAGUAA